UCAGCAUCUCUCUGGGCAACACAAGACACUGUACUUUAGCUCAAGAGUAAGGGCGGGUGCUGUUCUGAGUAACUUCUUUCACCCGAGUCAGAUCAUUUGGCCAUUCUUUGGAGUCCUGUAACUUUUUUGAAAAAGGCGUUCACAUUUCACAGCUAGAGAAAGUUUAUACGCCUCAAUUUCAGGUCGUUCAUGAAGUAUAAUAAUAUAUACCGUAACCCGCCACCAUCUCCCUUUCCCUACAGAAGAUAUAGGGGGGCGGGAGCCCCCGCAGGGGCUGGGCCGGCGUACUGUGGGGCCCGCACCCCGCUCCUUCCAGCUGUGCCCGGGUUUCCUUCCGCCUGUUCUCUAAGCCUGGAGCUUCCCAGCAGCUUCUUCGGGCCCAUGGCUCUGUCCCCGUCAGCAGAGGAAGAGGAACUCCUAAUUUCCUCUUCCUCAUUCUUCAGGGCGGGUGUGGGCAGGCUGGGCCGCAGCCAGCAGUGCGCAGGCGGGUGACUCAAACCACAGCUGUGUGCAGAGCCAGGGCCCCUCCCCCGGGCCCGUGUCUCCACGCCUGCACGCCCCGCUGUCACCGCCUCCUGAAAACAUCCCGGCCGAGAUAAGGCCCCUGCUGGCAGCAGCAAGGCCCGCCCCGCCCCUGAGCACCCCUGGGAGUGACCCCCCCUAUGGCAGCUGAGGACUGGCGGGCGUGGGGAGGGGAGAGUGAGGAAGGGUCACCGUCCUGCUCCCCCCCCCCCGCCCUCCCAGGUGGCUCAGCACGCUGCACUCGGAGGGCAGCCUGCCGUCGGCCAUCCAGUGGCUGUCCAUGUUCGGGCCCAUCCGCUCCGUGCGCAGGUACGGCCGCGACAGCGCCGUGGUGGUGUUCGAGGACCUGGGCUCGGCCUGCCGGGCCAUGAGCGCCUUCGAGAACCGCGUCCCCGACAGAGGCCUCCUGUGCGCCUGGCACCCGCGCUUCAUGAGCAGAGCCGUGAAAGUGCCUCAGCGGGACUCUAAGGAGACAGAGAAGGCUGAGCCCACAGCAGCGGGCGCAGGAAACGGGAGCCCGGGGCCCGCCCAGCCCGAGCGGCAGCCGGCCACUGUGUGAGCGGGACCCGGCCGGCCGGGACGCCCGGCGCGGAGCACUGUGAGUAGGACCCUGCGAGUGAAGCGGACGCUCAGGGCAGGCUCCGGCCUCUCCGACCCGGUGCUCCUGCAUCGGGGGGCCCAGGCCCCUCGCGGGCUCCAGGUACGGGAAGGUGGCGCUUGACUUGGCCCCGCAGGGAGCAGCGACUCAGCACCCCAGGACUGGGCCGUGGGGAGGCGUGUGCUGGGCGCGGCUGAGGCCCCCGGCUGCUCCGGGCACCAAAGCAAGCGUCAUUCCCUGCUGUGUGCAACAGCCUGGGGGCCACUCUCAGCGCUGCUCAGGGGACAGGCCAGCCACAGUGCUCAGGAGACACCGGCCCGGCCCUGUGAGCAGCCGACGGGCCCCGUCCCACAGGCCACCGCCCUGCCACUCACCUGGGCCCCGACUGCACAGGCCUCGCGGACAGAGAAAUGGUCGCCAGGGGUGGGUCCAACCCACACUUAACGUGGCCCUUAGCCCGGUGCUUUCGGGGACAGACCCUACAGAAUUAAUUUCUCUCCACGGCUUCUUCUUUCGGUAUCUCUCCCUGAUUUAAAAGUGAACCUUCGGGGCUGGAGUGAUAGCACAGCGGGUAGGGCGUUUGCCUUGCACGCGGCCGACCUGGGUUCGAUUCCAGCAUCCCAUAUGGUCCCCUGAGCACCGCCAGGAGUAAUUCCUGAGUGCAGAGCCAGGAGUGGACCCCUGGGCAUUGCCAGGUGUGACCCAAAAGGCGGGGAGAAGGGGGGGAGUGAACCUUUAAGGGCCGGAACAGUACAGCAGAGGGCGUUUGCCUCACAUGCGGAUGACCCGGGUUCAAUCCCCUCGGACCUCCAGGAGUGACUCCUGAGAGCAGAGAGCCAGGAGUCACCCCUGAGAAUCACCGGGUUGACCCCCCUCCAAACCAAAUCAAACCAGGAAAAAAUAAAAAGGGCCUUGGAUGGGGCUGGGGAGAGAGGGCGGGAGGGCGCUCGCCUGCACACGGCUGACGGUCCAGGCCCCAGCGUCCCACGGGGUCUCCCGGGCCUGCCAGGGCUCAGCCCUGCGUGCCACCAGGUGGGCCCCAGCCAACCCGAAGCAAGCGAGGGGCCUGUGAAGGGGCUCGAAGCCCCGCGG